GUGGCCAGGCACCAGGGGAGCGUGGGUUUCACGUCUUCUACCAGCUGUUGGAGGCCCGCGAUGAUCCUGCGCUGCAGCUUCUGGCGCUCCGGGGGGCGGAGAGCUACCGCGACUUCUUGGCAAUUCAGAGCCCUGAGAGGCAAUUUGGGCGAUCGGGGGAAGAGAAGAACAGUCCUGAGAUAUCCUUACCAACAGCACGUAAACAUGGUGCGUGA